AUGUCAUCAAGGGGCGGACGCGGCGGAGGUAGAGGAGGUGGAAACCAGGGCUCUGGAGAGCGAAAGAAGCGUGAAUCGAUCCUGAACUUGGCCCAAUUGAUGGACCAAAUGAUCAAGGUGGCUUUCAUGGGCGGACGAGAAGUCACUGGUACAUUAAAGGGUUACGAUCAGCUCAUGAACUUGGUGAUGGACGAUGUUGUCGAAGAGUACGAAGGUGCGUAUGGCCGACCUAGCCGCAGCUUGGGGUUAGUUGUCCUUCGCGGGCCCAACAUUGUUCUUGUCAGUCCCGCCGAUGGAUCCGCAGAAAUCGAAAACCCCUUCCAACAACAGUCAUAA